UCCCGCUCCCCCUCGGCCUGUUUACCCCGCGAGGGUCGCAGGCAGCCGGGAAGGCGCCGCCGGCGGGUCUGCAGCCCCGCGCCCAGCCCCUGCCCGCGCCGCCAGCCGCCCCGGGGCCCGCCGGGCGUUCCUGGAGAUGGACGAGCAGCCCAGGCUGAUGCAUGCCCACGCCGGGGUGGGCAUGGCCGGACACCCGGGCCUGGGCCAGCACUUGCCGGACGGGGCCGGGGGCGCGGAGGGGGAGGGCGGGAGGAAGCAGGACAUCGGGGACAUCCUGCAGCAGAUCAUGACCAUCACGGACCAGAGUUUGGACGAGGCGCAGGCCAGAAAACACGCUUUGAACUGCCACCGAAUGAAACCCGCCUUAUUCAACGUGCUGUGUGAAAUCAAAGAAAAAACAGUGCUGAGCAUCCGGGGUGCCCAGGAGGAGGAGCCCACAGACCCGCAGCUCAUGCGCCUCGACAACAUGCUGCUGGCCGAGGGGGUGGCUGGCCCCGAGAAGGGCGGAGGGUCCGCUGCGGCGGCCGCGGCAGCAGCGGCGUCCGGUGGAGCCGGCUCGGACAACUCGGUGGAGCACUCGGACUACCGAGCCAAGCUGUCGCAGAUCCGCCAGAUCUACCACACGGAGCUGGAGAAGUAUGAGCAGGCCUGCAACGAGUUCACCACCCACGUGAUGAACCUGCUCCGCGAGCAGAGCCGGACCCGGCCCAUCUCCCCGAAGGAGAUCGAGCGGAUGGUGAGCAUCAUCCACCGCAAGUUCAGCUCCAUCCAGAUGCAGCUCAAGCAGAGCACGUGCGAGGCCGUCAUGAUCCUGCGCUCCCGGUUCCUGGACGCGCGGCGGAAGAGGCGGAACUUUAACAAACAGGCGACCGAGAUCCUGAACGAGUAUUUCUACUCACACCUCAGCAACCCCUACCCCAGCGAGGAGGCCAAAGAGGAACUCGCCAAGAAGUGCGGCAUCACCGUGUCCCAGGUAUCAAACUGGUUUGGAAACAAGCGAAUCCGGUACAAAAAGAACAUCGGCAAAUUCCAGGAGGAAGCGAACAUCUACGCCGCCAAGACGGCUGUCACGGCCACCAACGUGUCGGCCCACGGCAGCCAGGCCAACUCGCCCUCCACGCCCAACUCGGCCGGUUCUUCCAGCUCUUUUAACAUGUCCAACUCUGGAGACUUGUUCAUGAGCGUGCAGUCCCUCAAUGGGGACUCGUACCAGGGGGCCCAGGUCGGAACCAACGUACAAUCGCAGGUGGAUACUCUUCGCCAUGUUAUCAGCCAGACAGGAGGCUACAGUGACGGACUCGCCGCCAGCCAGAUGUACAGCCCGCAGGGCCUCAGUGCUAACGGAGGCUGGCAGGAUGCCACCACCCCUUCAUCCGUCACUUCCCCCACAGAAGGUCCUGGCAGUGUCCACUCCGAUACCUCCAACUGAUCCGCCAGCACCACGUCCCGGCUGACCGUGUGUGCCCCCGCGGGGCCGGGCCGGGGGGUGGAAGCCAUC